UUGUUACGUUCCCAAGAGACACUUGAAGUAGGUUUCUCUCUUGUGGUUUGCCUUCUUGGUAUUUGGACUUUUGCUUGUGUUGUGACCUUUGCCUCUGCUCAUUUCUUUGGAUUUGUUUGCCUGUGCUGACUGCCUGUCUGUGUACCAAACCCCUGCAUCUGAAUUAGAGAACGGCACACAGAUAACAUGGAGAACAUGUCGAAGGUGGAGCCGUCCAAUGGGCACAGCAGGCCGCUGGAUAUCGUGCCCAGUACAGAGGAGAAGAUGACGGACAGGGGUCAGUGGGGCAACAAGCUUGAGUUUGUGCUGUCAGUGGCCGGAGAAAUUAUCGGUCUGGGGAAUGUCUGGCGUUUUCCCUACCUUUGUUAUAAGAAUGGAGGAGGUGCCUUCUUCAUCCCAUACCUCAUCUUUCUGUUUGCUUGUGGGAUCCCAGUCUUCUUCCUGGAGACGGCUCUCGGUCAGUACACCAGCGAGGGCGGCAUCACGUGCUGGAGGAAAAUCUGCCCGCUGUUUGAAGGAGUGGGUUAUGCCACCCAGGUAAUUGUUGCUCUGCUAAACAUUUACUACAUCGUUGUGUUAGCAUGGGCCAUCUUCUACUUGUCCAACUCCUUCACCUGGGAUCUGCCCUGGGCUUCCUGCAACAACACCUGGAACACAGAUUUCUGUAUGGCAUUUCAGAGGGGGAAUAGCUCCAUCAGUCACCAUGAGAACACCACCUCUCCUGUCAUUGAGUUCUGGGAGCGAAGAGUGCUGAGAAUUUCCUCAGGAAUUGAUCACAUUGGCUCUCUGAAUUGGGACCUGACUAUCUGUCUGGCAAUUGCAUGGGUCAUCUGCUACUUUUGCAUCUGGAAGGGAGUCAAGUCUACUGGCAAGGUGGUUUACUUCACAGCCACCUUUCCUUAUGCUAUGCUACUGAUCCUGCUGGUCAGAGGGGUCACCCUGCCAGGAGCCUCCAGGGGAAUCCACUUCUACCUCUACCCCGACCUAGGACGGCUGGCUGACCCACAGGUAUGGAUGGAUGCUGGAACUCAAAUCUUCUUUUCCUAUGCCAUCUGCCUGGGUUGCCUCACCGCACUGGGAAGCUACAACAAAUAUAACAACAACUGCUACAAGGACUGCCUCUGCCUCUGUUUCCUGAACAGUGGUACUAGUUUCGUUGCGGGUUUUGCAAUCUUCUCCAUCCUGGGCUUCAUGUCCUACGAGCAGAACGUGCCCAUCUCAGAAGUGGCUGAAUCUGGUCCAGGUUUGGCCUUCAUAGCCUAUCCUCGUGCUGUGUCCAUGAUGCCUUUCUCUCCGUUAUGGGCCUGCUGCUUCUUCAUUAUGAUUGUCUUUCUGGGACUGGACAGUCAAUUUGUGUGUGUGGAGAGCCUGGUGACGGCCAUGGUGGACAUGUAUCCCUCCACCUUCCGGCGUAAAAACCGAAGGGAGCUCUUCAUCCUGGCUGUGGCUGUGGUGUCCUUCCUCAUGGGGCUCAUCAUGCUGACGGAGGGAGGCAUGUAUGUCUUCCAGCUCUUUGACUACUAUGCAGCCAGUGGGAUGUGCCUGCUCUUUGUGGCUAUUUUUGAGACUGUUUGCAUUGCUUGGAUUUACGGUGCUGACCGUUUCUAUGACAACAUAGCGGACAUGAUUGGCUAUCGCCCCAACUCUGUCAUCAAAUUCUGCUGGCUUUUCUUCACCCCUGCGACAUGCUUUGGAACCUUUGCGUUUGCCCUUAUCAAGUACUCACCUCUAAAGUACAACAACGAAUAUGUAUACCCAUGGUGGGGCAAUGGCAUAGGCUGGAUCCUGGCCCUGUCCUCCAUGUUGUGUAUCCCUCUCUGGAUUGCAGUGAAGCUGUACAGCACCCCUGGAUCACUAAGAGAGCGUCUCGUUCUGUUGACGACUCCGUCCACCGACUUACCGAAGACGAAGCAGGAGCAGGAGAAGCUGCUGGCCAUCUUUGCCGCCGACGGAGACAGCCUCCAUCCGAAACCGCCUCCCACAAAGGACGGCUACUUCCCUGUUGAUGAAAAGGAGUCUCGUUGCUAGAGACGUGAAGGUUGGAAUCAGAGCCUUGCAGGGGUCAGAGGUCACUCCUCAGCUUUGACUCUGCCCGUCUCUGUCCCGGCUCUUUGUGCAAUACCUCACCAGACAAGGUGACGAAACAAGCACAGUGCAGACUUUAGGAGUCGCCUGACCAGUAACUGCUGAUCUGCUGCUGGAGCUUCCUCCUCUAUAUGUUGCCUUCAACAUACAAUAAGAUGGCAUCAGCAUUCUUACUUAGUUACAUCAUUUGUUUGUUGCCAUCAUUUGCCAGAGGCAGAGUCACAUGUACAUUUGGAAGAAAAAAAAAAACGUGGCCAUUGUUGUUACUCAGUGGCUAAAAAUUUACAUUUGAUUGUUUCUGCUUUCUAAGGAAGCAUCUUUUCCCUGUGAUGGACAUCUCUAAUGUUUGUGUAGUCUAACAUGGCAUUUCCAGUUAUUUUAAUGAGUCUAACAUGGAGAACAAAAAGUGUCACAAGAGUGUGCACAAACCACAAAAGUUCACUUGAAGAAAAAAAGAAAGCGUGUCGAUAUAAGUUAAAGGGAGUAUUUCUGUAAUGCGUUCAGGCUACUGUGUGUUCCAAACAUCAGUUGAAUCAUGUGAGAGCUCUGUUUUUAAUGUACGUCAUCAUCUCAGGAUGUUUUACUUUCUAAUUAAAAAAAAAAAAAAAAAAUCCAACAAAAGCAUACUAAUGACCAAUGCUCGAGAAGGCAAGAACUGGGUUUUAAAUUUACUGACCACAACUUUUCCAAAUUAGUCCUUUUAUUUCUUUGGCUGUACAGAUUAUUGCAGAUUUGCAUGACUAUGUUAUUCUUUUUUCCAUUCUUCAGAGUAUUGACAUGAUUUUAAUUUUAGUUUGUUUUGCCUUAUGUCUAAUUGCACUGAGUCAUAUGAAAUGUAAAGUACCUGAAGGAGGCAGCGUCUUUUAUCAUCUUCUUAUGAACUUCAGGUGUUCCUUCAGAUGUUGGAAUAAAUAUAUGAUCAAUCAUUGUUUACUAAUAGUGAACACUUUUACAUAUAUAACUUCUAUAUGCUUAUUUUUUUAUGACUGAAUAAAAAAAUACCUGCAUUUGAAACAAA